UGUAGAUUGCUCUCAGGGAUUACCCCCACACGUUUCUUAAGAGGAUGCAAAUCCUUAAGAAUCACAUUGCUAUAUAUUUUCAAAAAAUAUCUUUCUUCUUGGAAAUAGAAUCGUUUUAAGCUCAUUGUAUAAGUUUCGAAAUGUCAGCAAGAAGAGUUGUUGGAAAUCCAAUCAUUUUAGCUAUCGAUGCUGUAUCGAUUAUUUUAGGUUCAAUUGGUGCUUACUAUGUUGUAUUUGCAAUUGAAUUGCCACCUGCAUUAGCUGAUGCUGGCCCUUGGCAAUUCUUAACCAACCUUUCUUUAGUAUACUCAUUGAUUAUUUUCGGUAUAGGAUUUGUUGCCCAUUUAACUAAAUCACAACUUUUGUUUGAAUUAAAAAACAAUAUUCAUCCAAUUGGGUUGGCAUUAGAAAGUGUGGUAGCAAUCAUUUAUUGGCCAUUAAGAUUAUUCUUUUUACGUUUACUUAUAGGUGAUCAUGAAUUAAAUCUUCCAAUGAGUAUUGAUUUAUGUAUCCAUUUAUUACCUGUCUCAUCAUUAUUAAUUGAUUUCCUUGUAUUUAUGCCUAGAUGGACUAUACGUAUUGAAACAGCAUUUCUUAUUGUUGCUGGUUUAACUACAGGCUACUGGACUUUAUUGAAAUACCUAAUUGAUACAGAGAAGGGUGGUAUUUAUCCAUAUGCUUUCUUAAAUGUCGAUUCUGAACAAAAGAGAAUUGUUGUAUUUUCAAUUGUGGCUGCAGUUGGAUUUACUCAAUUCUUAUUCUUAAGAUCAUUAUAUGAUAAUCUUAUUAAAUUUACUGAACAAGUUGAAGAUGAAAUUGAUUCUGAAUUGGAAAAGAAGAAUCUUUAGAUAUUAAUAUCUACUAGAAAUUAGAUUCGUUUUUAUUACUCUAUAUAC